AUGUAUAGAUUGGUGUUACACAAAUCUAUCACAGUGCCAGGUGUUAGACGUGGUCGUCACAUUACCCACGUGACACCAGACCGGGUCUGGAUCGCUGAUGGUGAUGGUAAUCUCAUACUGACAAACAUGGCGGGUGAUGAACUACGUCAUAUUACAAAUAUAAAUAGAGGUGUCCGUGGCGCACAUACUGUGACUGGGGACAGUUAUUUAAUUUAUAUAGACAGUGACCGUAAUAUUAUUAAACUUUCUACAGAUCACAAAGUAAAGAUGAUACCGUACACAUCACCAUGGAUACCAAAAUGUGUCUACAGCUCCCUCUCCACUGGAGACCUGCUGGUCGUGAUGUAUAGAGGUGAUAAAGAUACAAGCCAGGUAAACCGGUAUACUAACACAGGAGAACACAUACAGACCAUAGAGAAUGACAACACAGAGAACCGCAAUGGAGAUGUAAUUGUGUCUGACAUUGGCCGUUAUGCUGUGGUGGUGACAAACAGUAGAGGUAGACACCGCUUCUCCUACACAGGUCACCCAUCAGGAUCAGGACUAGAUCCACAUGAAAUCUGUACUGAUGCGCUGUCACACAUCCUGGUGUGUGAUUAUUUUACCAACAUGAUACAUAUACUUGACAGUGACGGGCGACUCCUGUCACAAAUAAAAAGAGAACAACACGGGAUAAACAGACCACUGGGUCUGAGUUAUGAUAACAGAACUCACUGUGUCUGGAUGGGAUCAGACGACAACAACACAGUGAACAUUCACAGACUGGAACACUCCCUGACUGUGUAA